CUAGUUUCAUUAUCUACUGUAAAUAACAGAACGCAUCCUUUGUCCAAAUUUUGUAUCGCAAAAAAGCAAUUUAUUUUGAUACACACACACAUAUAUAUAUAAAAUUUAUAUGAUAUGCGGAAACAUGCCUAUUCGAUGUGCCGUUAAUAAGUGUCCGAGCUCAAAGGGAAAGAAUCAGAUUCAUUUUUUCAAUCAAUGUAUACAUUUUUGUAGAUUUCCAUUACUGAUAGAACCUGUGCUACGUCAAUGGAUACAAGCAACAGGUAGAGAAAACUGGAUACCUGGCGAGUCCAGUCGAAUAUGCGAAUUACAUUUUAAGCCCACGGAUUUCCACAACAAACCGAUGUCCAAGAGAAAGCUUUUAAAAACGGACGUAGUUCCUACAGUAAAAGUAGCCAACCACACACCUCACAUUAAAGAGAAUACAAAACCUUCGCUAGAAGUAAUAGUACUCGAUCAAUUUAUACAAAAUAAGACUGCGGGUUGUGCACAAGAGUCGGAAACUAGUAGAAGUUUCGGAACAUGCAAAAAUAAAAAGCAGCAAAGCCCCGACCGAGUAACAAAACUCGAGGACGAGAUAAAACAUCUUCAAGGAGUUAUCGAGUCUAUGCGGAAGAAACACGAACACGAUUUAGAAGUGCAAGCGGACAUGUUCAAACGGCUCAUGUUUGAGACAGAAGAGGAAUUAAAAAAGAAGAAAACAGAUGUUCAAACAGAAUUUCAAUUAUUCAAGAGACAAACAAAUCGCAGAAACGUGAAAACUGCCAUGAAAAUACGAAUGUUGCUGGAUCUCAUAAAAAAAUCGAACAUCAUGUCUAGCACGUCAUAUGAUGCUCUCGAACAGACUUUUGAAGAUUUCUUGCUUGAAGAUAAAAAUCAUAAUCAAUGUCACAACUACGCUAAAGUCGACGGUCAGGAAAUACUGCCGCGAAAACGUCACCGUUUAACUAAACAAAUAUUUUUAAGUCAAUAACUUCACGUUUCUUCGUCUUAAGUUGUUGAAUCUCGUGUUACUAAGUAUCUCAUUUUUGUUUUUUGUCUCAUUGUAGAUAGUAAUAUAAUAGUAUAAUAGAGAUU